AUGGCUUCCGAGAGACUGGUUAUGUCCACGGUCCUGGCGACGAUGACGGCGACCACCAGUUCCAUGUCGAGCUCGACUGCCAUGUCCACGACUACGGCGAUACCGGGCGACGGCAACAGCGGCGAAAACCCUGGCCAUGACCAAGACACGCUACGAAAAUGGUCGUCGCUCAUCGGCAUCGUCACCGCCAUUGUCGGCAACAUCCUUAUUGCCCUGGCCCUCAACGUCCAGCGAUAUGCGCACACUAAACUCAACAAGGAGCGCGCCCGCGUCAAGCUACGCGCCCGCGCCAUCCUCAAACGUGCGCAGAGCAGCAACCCGGCCGGCUCGUAUGGCGCAAUUUCCGACACGGGCAAUGGCCAUUCCAAUGGCAACGAAACGACCAGUGGCAACGCAGGCGGAUAUUCCGGCAGCGAAAAUGACCCCUUGUCGGCGUCCUUCUUGUCUAAUGCCACCACCGUUCCCGAUCACCCCGCCGACGCGGACAAGGCCUCAUCCAACUAUCUCAAGUCGCCGUACUGGUGGCUGGGCCAAAUCCUCAUCACGCUGGGCGAGAUGGGCAACUUUCUGGCCUACGGGUUCGCCCCGGCGUCCAUUGUCUCGCCGCUCGGCGUCGUUGCGCUGGUCUCCAACUGCAUCAUUGCACCCGCCAUGUUUCACGAAAAGUUUCGCCAGCGCGACUUCUGGGGCGUCGUGAUCGCCGUCGCCGGUGUUGUCACCGUUGUUCUGAGCGCCAAAACGGAGGAAACCAAACUGAAACCGGGUGAUAUCCUUGAUGCCAUUACUACUAUGGAAUUCGAGAUAUAUUUCGGAGUCACGAUAUCUCUAAUUGCCAUCCUCAUGUGGGCAAGCGGUGGCUACACUGCGCUUGCUACGAAAGGUGUAUCAUCUAUGCUAUCAUCUACCCUCUGGCGAGCAUUCACUGCUCCGCUGACAUAUCUUUUACUCUUCGUUCUCCUUGGUACGGCUGUCAUGCAGAUUCGUUACGUGAACAAAGCUCUUCAGCGCUUCGAUUCGACGCAAGUCAUUCCCAUCCAAUUCGUCAUGUUCACGCUCUGCGUCAUCAUUGGUAGCGCUGUGCUCUACCGAGAUUUCGAGAAGACGACUCCUGACCGAGCCGCCAAGUUUGUGGGCGGAUGCUUGCUUACCUUCUUCGGCGUGUUCCUGAUAACAAGUGGCCGUCAGCGCAAGGACGAGGACGAGGAUCUCCUCGAUGAUGCCGACGGCAUCGACGAGACCAUAGGCUUGAUUGAUCAAGAAGGGAACCCAGCUGCACCAUCAGAAGGUGAUUCGAGGCAGAAUACACCGUCUCGUCGCUCCAGCAAGGUGUCCCGUGUGAGUUUCGCGGAACCAGCGAAAAUCACUUUUCAGGGUGUGUCAGAAGAUCCCGCAGCCUCUCGCCCCGACAUCGCUGCGGGGAGUCUGCUUUCGCGGAACUCAGAGACAGCUUGUGGAAAAGAUACCGAAUCUUGGCCACACGCAACCCGGACUCUCUCCACCAAUUCAGUCGCAUCAGCUCCAGUGCCAUCGAUUACAGAUUACCCUCCGACACUACCAGCUCAUCGAGAACCUCAACCCACACCGUCCGGCGCAGAGCGACCUGUUACGCCGCGUGCCAACACGACUACACCAAAAUCGACAUUUCGUGACCGAGACCGUACUUUUUACUCUCCGUCGCCGCUAUAUUCCACUGUCACGACGGUCGUCAAGGAUGCUCUGCGGCAAAACACCAAGAAUCAGUCCUCGCUGCGGCGUAUACGUUCCAGUAUACGCGCCAGUCUCUUCAUCGACUCUGAUGAAGAGGAUCAGGGUGCAAACGAUCACGACACGCAGCAGACCAUUGCCGUUCCGCCGUCAGAGAACGAUUUACUCAGAGGUCUCACUGCCGCUGAGCAAGAGAACGAGACUACGACGGCACCUGGUCGACAGCGAGCCAGGAGCCUCAGCGUAUCGGUCGGAAACUUUUUCCGAACCAAGAAGAAGACUAGAAGCAACGACGUUGAAAGUGGUCGAAAUGGGGACAGCGACGGUGCAUCCGACGCAUAA